AACGAACUUCCGCUUUCGUCAUGCUAAUUCUGAAAGUUUGACAGUGAAUGUAUACGACACGCACUUUUUUUGUUUAAAAAUGGUGAACGUAAAGGACAGACGAAGGGAGAAUGCCAGCGUCGCUAGCGAGAUUGACCGCUUGGAGGAGCGGCGGGCUCGUUGCCAUGACAACCUAGAAAUGGCAGAAUUCAGGAGCAGGAAUCGGGUGUUGUCCGAGGAGGAGAGGCAGCAACUGGAAAUAGAAAUGGCGGUUAUAAUCGAAAGGGUGCGAAAUUUGGACAAGGAGUUGCAGCUGUUACGAAGAGCAAACAGGAAGAACACGCUACUGUCAGUGGCUUUGCUGGCCGUCUGCGCUUUCUUUGGCUACUUUUUCUGGUCUGACAACCACUACUCAUAAGUCAACAAACGUUUUUUUUUUUUAUGAUUUCAGAGACAUCCUCCAGCUAGAUUACUGACCAAAGUGGGUGCUAUUAACUAAAACUGACUAAGUGCCUGUCUGUAACGUCAUUUAUGGCCUUUCCAUAUCAUCCAUUGGCAUCUAUUGUUCACUCAUGUGCGUCAAAAUAUGUUUUUAAAGAACAAUAAAGUGACCGUAAUAAUGCACAUGUUCCGUCUGAGUCGAUAUUACUUAUUGGUAUGAUGACAAUUAUUUCUGCAAGCACAGUUGCUAUUUAAAAAUACUCCAAAGAAAAGAUAAAGGCUUGACUCAUAAGUAGUCUGCUGUUCUCAUCUUAUUUUUUUUUUGCCUCCGCUUGAGAGUAUUUUAAGUUAGGGUAUUAUUUGUGGAAAGAAAAUGAGUGUAUUUGGUUUCCUAUUAAAGGUAUUUUUCUGAAAAGUAGGGUUCAUUAUGUGACUCACUGCUUCCAUGCAGAAAAUUGAAAUGGUCAAUAAUUGGAAGAUAAAGCUUACUGGCAAGCGUAAUAAGGUGAACGGGCAAUGCAGAAAACAUUAUUCAAUUUUAAGUGUCAUUUGCGGGAAAACUGUUGUUUAGUUUUUGAUGCAGAUAUUUCAUAUUAUUGGUCAAAGUUUAGGAAACUAACAAAUGUCUCAUAUUGUGUAGUUCAGUUUAAAAAUGUUUUAUUUGAAUUGGGGAAUAAUACACGCAAAAAUGUUUUUGUGCUAAUUUCAAAUCGUACAACUUAAAAAAAAAUAAUUUGUGUAUUUCUUUAAAGCAAUACUUGGUAACUUUUUCAGAUUUUUGUCGAUUAUAGCGACGCCGGUGGAGAAACACGGUAGUUUUUUGCCUUAUGGAAAACUGCAUUUCCCAUGAGGACCUCAGUUCUUGCCAACAAAGGGUACAUAACAAAGUAUUGAGCUGAACAUUUGGUAUUUUGGUACCAUGACUUGCAAAUAAAUUCUUUAAAAAUCAAACAGUGUGAUUUUCUGUUUUUUUCCCCACAUUCUGUCUCUCAUGGUUGAGGUUUAACCAUGUUGACAAUUACAGGCCUCUGUCAAAUUUUCAAGUGGGAGAACUUGCACAAUUAGUGGUUGACUAAAUACUUAUUUGCCCCACUGUAUGUUAGCAU